CUGCCGGUGGUUACGGAGAGCGUCUCGUAUCUUUUUUGGGAGUUUUCUUUAAUAGGCCAGCCACGAUUAAGAGCUGUUUGUAUCUCUUUUAUCUUGUGCGGAAAUAGAUCAUGCCAGUGUCAACAAUGGCCUCAGCUGCGCCGUGAAUUAAUCGCUUCUCGUUUCAAACGUUGCCGUCGCCGUCGGAAAAUAAGUUUAACCUGUGUGAGUUUCUGCGUCCGUGUGUGCGCGGGUCUGAUAAUAAAUGCGCCGCGCUGCUCUCUCGUCGGUGUUUCUGUUUUGAUCAACAAUUUCGCUGAGGGAACAAUACCGCUCCGCCGUUAAUAACCGUUCGGACUCGCGUUUCGACUUGUUAAUUCGGUUGUUUUUCUGGAAGUUGUACCAAGCUCGGCGCAAUGGCGUGUCCGUAGAAAGGUAGUUCUACUAACGACUCACUGCUGAGCUGAGAGACGAGAAACGUCGUGCUGUGUUUUAUUAUAUGUAGAGAUGUUUGCCGAAAUCGUGCUUCAAAAUGUGGAAAUAAUUUACGAUCCUGUGGCCUUUAGUUCGCUUAUCUCUGUUUGCAUUUAGUACAAAGGAUACAAAUUCCAAACCACUGUGUGUUGAACUAGUCAAAUUAGGUUUUAAAGUGAAGUUCGGAAGAAGAAUUUCGUUUAUAAAGUGUUCUUCAAAAAAUCAUGCAACCGUGCAUCGUGUACUUAUGCAGUGCGAAAUAAUCUACCGACUGUCUAAACUGUUACGGCGUGAGUGCAUGCGCAUCCCGAAGACGGGUAUUACUUUUAAAGUGGUAGCUAAACGUAAAAUGCGACCAAACAAAACGCUGAUCAUAAGGAAGUUCAAGCGCAAACGAUUCAGGACAGUUCAACGAAAGAAAGCCUCAGUGUUUUGGAGGAAUUUUAGUCGAAAGUGUCUGCUUCGAAAAAUUUCGUAGAGUGAAAUCCUCUAUACUUAUUGGAUUGCCCGUUGUGCCGAGUGAACGUUCGAGAUAUGAACUAUCAGGGCAACAGCAGUCAACAUCCAUAUGCUGGAGAUUUCAGGGAAGAUGAGCAAUCAUCUCGCCUGAAGUCCUCAUCUUCAGAGCAACAACCCACACCUCAACUAUCCCCACAAGAACAUCAACAACAUUAUCAACUGUCUCUACAACAACAGCCGGAAUCUAACGCCGGCACAAAUCGCCUGCUGCAGAGUUCUCAGUGGAGCAAGAGUUACGACUCGGUGAUCAACUACUGGAACACCAGUGGAUCCUCGGCAGUGGUGGCAACUGCCGUCAACUACCACCAGUAUUACGGCGGCUACAGUCAGCCCAUGCCCAGUGCGCGAUCUUUGUUCCCGGCUCAGCCCUACUCAGCCAGUGACUACCAGCAGAAUUCGCCGCAUUCUGCUUCCUCGACAUCGUCGGGGAGUCCACCGAUGUCGCAUCAAUCGACGGUGGUCGAUAGUGGUCCGUCGCAUUACUACGAACCGUACUCGUCGGAUUCUCAGCUGCGGAGUUUUCGCGCGAAACCGACGGGUGAAUUAUCCGUUAAACUUUCAACCAGUCCCAGUUCAACCAUCACAUCGAAAUUGCACCGCAAGGUACUGCGGAUACCGUCGAAGCGACUUCCCGGCCGAAUCCACUCCGGGAAGCUCGCCUCGGUGGCCAGUAAGCUAACGGCCACCACCAAGCAACGCCUGCAGCACCAGCAGCAGCAACUUCAGCAACAUUCCCAGUUUGGUCUGCAUCCGCAGCAGCAGCAACAACAACGGCCCCGCGCACCCACCAGCUGCGAUAACUCGAACGACUCCGGUCUUGGAUUCGACCGAGGAAUCGACAGUACCAGCAGCACCCUCAACCCUCAGCACCACUCGGCGUCGGCGUCCACCACUACCACUUCGAGCGGUUCGCUCGGCAGUGGGACCGACCGGCCGAUCCAUCACAGCAGCGGCAACAAUGGCUGCCCCAUCGGGAAAGAUGGGAUCGCUAUCGUUCGCAGCGGCAGUUCCACCAGCCUCGGUAAAUCCAAGCGGACUCACCAGGAGCUGGAACAUACGAACCACCAACCGGCCGAGGCCUGCACCGCAGUCAUCCGUACGGUGACGGUUCCGCAGAAAAUCAUCAUUCCGGUUCUGGGGAAAUCGACACCCGGCGAAUCGACCAUUACGAUUGCACCACCGCCACAAUCAUCCCCAUCCUCAUCUUUAUCAUCCCUCGCUACUAAUAACAGUGCGUCAGCCCCCGCCAGCAGCGGGGGCGAUCCUAGGACGGAAGGACGACGACCAUCAUCAUCAUCAUCAGCAAGGGGUUUUCCAGUUAAGAGCGCGGUAGUUACGAGGGCGGCUGCGACAGCGCGGACCACGACCGCGACAGUAAUGUCCUCGCCGCUAACGCGUCCCAUGUCCGGUCGAAUACCGGGCAAGCGCCCGCCACUGCUCCAGUCAGCCCUGACGGGCGCUAGCACGUCAUCGCCCUCACCGGCGUCCCCGGCCUACACCAGCGUAUCGUCCGAUGUCAUUUCCGCCGUACAGUCCCAGCUGCCCAGUGAAUCGCGGGACGGCAAAAUUCAGCUGCAGAUCCUAACGCAACCGGAACAGCAGCACCGGGCCCGUUAUCAAACCGAGGGCUCACGGGGUGCCGUCAAGGAUCGCAGCGGCAACGGUUUCCCGGUGGUACGGCUGGUCGGUUCCACGAAACCGGUCGUCCUGCAAGUGUUCAUCGGCACCGACAUGGGCCGGGUGCAGCCGCACAUGUUCUACCAGGCGUGCAAGGUUUCCGGCAAAAACUCGACGCCCUGCGUCGAGCGCAAGCUCGAGGGAACCAUGGUCAUUGAGGUGGACAUGAAGCCGGAAAACGACAUGACGGUGACGUGCGAUUGCGUCGGCAUUCUGAAGGAACGCAACGUCGACGUGGAGCACCGCUUUCCGAACCAGAGCGGGCCGCGGGCCAAGAAAAAGUCCACCCGCUGUCGGAUGGUGUUCCGGGCGGCUGUUACGAACGAGGACGGCUCCCUGGAAAUGCUGCAGGUGUGCUCCCAGCCGAUUGUGUGCACGCAACCACCGGGCGUCCCUGAAAUAUGCAAAAAGUCUCUAGUCUCCUGCCCCGCCGAGGGUGGCCUCGAAAUGUUCAUAAUCGGCAAAAAUUUCCUGAAGGACACCAAGGUCGUGUUCCAGCGGCGAAAAGCCCCACUAGGAACGAGCAAGACCCCCAUCAGUAGCAUACCGUGGGAGCAGGCGGUUGUUCCCGACAAGGAAUACCUUCAGCAGACGCACCUGAUUUGCACCGUUCCGGCGUACGUCACCCAGGACAUCGUCGAACCGGUGGUAGUACAAAUAUUCAUCACCUCCGCGGGUAAGAAGAGCGAAACGCACAACUUCACCUACACCCCCAAGGGACACCACACGGCCCUGACGGCGGCGUCCACCACGACCACGGCGAUGACCGGUAGUUCCUUCUUCGGAUCGCUAUCGGCCGCCGUGCCCGCUGGCCAUGACGCCGGCCCGCUGGUCGGUGGAGGAGAAAUGGUAGCCAGCGUGGUCGGCAUCGGUGGAGGUCUUCCCGGGGGGCGGAUCACUCCCCACGGAAGUGGGACCGGCGAUGGCGGUAGCAAUACUGGCGCUGCCACAAGCUUCAAUUCUCUCAAUUCUAGCUUUAGUAGCCAGCCGAGCGAAGAUCCUUCAUCGGUGGGCGACGUCUCUGCCAUACGGAGAUCGAUGUUCUUCUGGGGUUCACAACAGCAGGCGCAAGCCGUUCAGGAUAAGCUAGAUACGGGUAUGAUGCCACCGCCUGUCCACAUCUUGUCGCUUCCAGGAACUCCAAACAGCAGUACGGGUCGUAGGUCUUCGUUAUUAGCCGACCAACUGACCAUGUCGUCGCCACCUAGCUUUAAAACCGAACUAGCUGACGAAAGCAGCCGAAGCCCGCUUAAUGACGACUCACUCGAGCGGUUUCCCACGGCGGGCGAAAGUACCAUGGAAAAUAAUCAAAUAAUGUACCGAAGGCGAAGCGUUCGGCAACCGAGCAUGGACCUGAUGGAAGAUAGUUCCAGUAUGUCUAUGCUCAUAAACGAGAACAGUGCAAUGGAUAUGGGAAACGUGCCGAGCGCGAUUGUAGGUUUCCGAAGCGGAUUGAAUACUCUGAUGGAAACGAACGAGAUGAGCAACUCAUCGACUUCCCCGUCGGCAUCCGAAUUGAAGGUCAUGGACCUGUGCAUCAAGCAGGACGCACACAAGCUUUCUUCCGCGAGGAAUCAAAUCGAACAUAUGAUAACCGCUUCAAGUGCCCCGCUGGACACUCUAAACCAAGUCGACGGCAUGACGUCUCCUUAUAAAGUGGAAGACAUGCUGACUGCUUCGAUUCAACCGACUGGUCAACAAGUGAUAGAAUCCACAUUGGCAAGCAUCGUCAACAGCCAGCAAGCUGCUGCAGCCAUCAUGGAACUUGGUGCCGUACUAUCGCAUCCCAGUAGUAAUCCACCCCCAAUGACAACUUCACCUCCAAUGAUGCAAACCGAUAUUGUUAGUCCAGGCAAUCCCGCCAAUCGGACGCCCCCAUCCCAGGAUGUUAUGUUAAACGCCCAACCCCCUAUAGCCAUCACAUCACAAGCUAAUCUUGUUCUCGCACCCAGUCCAGGAUCCAACGAAGCUAGUCCACAUCCUCAUUCUUCGUUGUCGCCGGAACUCAUACUCAACCCAACGGUUUCACCUACUUCGAUGAUCUGCUCACCUGUUAACGCAACCGUAGCGGCCACCGCGGCGGCCGCCGUUGCCGCAGCUGCAGCCGUCUCUGAAGGCAAAAACAUGUUUACGAACCAAGUUUUAAACAACAUGGCCGCCGUAGCUGCCAACAUAAUCGAAUCCCAACCCAAGCAAACCACCCAAGCCGUGCAGGACAUCAUUCUCAACGCCGCCGCCGAAAUCCUUACUUCUCAGGAGCCAUCGGUCACCACGCAAAACACCAUCAAUGCGUUAAUUACGAUGAAUGCACAGGAAAUGAUGACCACCUCGUGUCAACCACAAACCCAACACAACCUACUACCUCAGUGCCAACCUACGCCAAUGGUUUCUGAAUCAAUGGCGGAAGCCUUACAACAGCAGCAGCAAGAGCAAAUGGUACAAAACCUUAUAACAGAAAGCCUCCAGCAACAACAACAGCAAACCACCGAAUCUCUCAUGGCAAACUUGGUAAACCAACAACAACAACAACAGAAUCAAUCGCAGCAACCGGCACCCGAACAGAUGGACAUCGGAGGUGCGAUUCUACCGCUAACCGUACAACAACCCCCGCAACAACCGAUGGACACCACCGGAACUCUUAUGGGCAUCAACCCAAUGCUCCACCAACAGCAGACCCAACAGCAGCAACAAACACCGAUGAUCACGGGUGUGAUCAUGCAACAACAGCAGCAACAACAAAUGCAAACGCAAACCAAUGCACCACCAACGCAACAGCAGCAAACGCAGCAGCAGCAACAGCAGCCACCGGCCAACAUACCGCAGGAGCUGACCAUCAUGUCGGACAACGAUCUCAUCAGCUACAUCAACCCGAACGCCUUCGAUGGAGUCUAGUCGACGUGGGACCUUCCUUAAACAACACGUUGUGGUAGGCGUGGACGGACGACGACCGGUCGCUAACGGUGACGGCACUAACCAAAGGCGAUUUGCCAGAAGAUCAGCAUUUCGCCCCUUGCUGCCACCAGUCAGUCGGCGAGACUACUAGGCUUCCCGUUUAUCGUCAUCCAGCGACUGUGCGCGCCACACCCGCUACUCACCGUGUACGCUCCUGCCUAUGGGGGGAAGGCUAUUUCCGACAUCUAACGGAUGGCUACUUCCUGGUGAGAAACGGCUUUCAACCACCGGUGGGAGGCAUCGAAGUUGGUAAGUAAAACGAGUUUGGGUAGGUUUUUAAGGAUGAAAAUCGGAGCGAUCCACAAUACUUUUGGAAAUCGAAUGUCGAAACAUUUUAAGUCGUUUAGGAAAAAGGAGGAAAAUUUUCAAAACUUUCGUAAAUUCUGUGCAAUAUUUUGCACACGAAGAUCAAGAUAUAUAUUUGUUGAAUCAACAUUCUUAGGCAAAACAAUUUAUAUGAAAAUAGAACAAAAACGUAGAUGAUCACGGUACUAAAUAACGUUAAACGAAAUUUUUAUAUACUAAAAGUAUGUAUUGUAAUUCUGUCAAUAUUCAGGAUACUAUUUCUCUCAGUGUUUCUUCGAUAAAUUGCACAUUAAAAAACUGUUUUAUCAAUCGGUACUAUUAUCUUGUUAUGAUCCGGUAUUAUACAUCAAUACUAUAAAUACUUCGUUGUGUAGCGUUUUGUUUGUCAGCCAAAGGCAACUCUAACGAUGAUGUGAGUUGUGAGAGCAUUGAUUGAUUCAUUUUUGCCCUCGAAACAGGUAUCCUUUUGUUUUACUAUUCUAUUCCUCAUUUUUUAUGCUGGCAUAAUUGCCUUAAGCGUUAAUGUUUACUGCACAUUCGCUAUAAUAAAAUACGUUUUUUAUUCUUAGCCGUCAUGUCCUGAACUAAACUUUAAGGCUACAAACCGGAGAAGUAUUUUUGAUCUUGACAAUUGCUUGUAUGAAAAAGAAAUUCGAAAAGAAAAACUGUAUGCCCUGUCUGUAUUGAUUCAGAUUUUAAGCAAAGUCCAUGUUCGAUUUUAUAAAAUGCUCGUUCGAAAAAUGCAACAACAUCUGAUUGCACAGCGCAAUGCAGCUAUCAUUGAUUUUGACAUUGUUUAGAAGUUUAGUGUAACUCAUUGUUCAUCUAAAUUAUGUCAGUAGCCUAAGCAUUAUACUUUCUAGUCGAUGUCAAGCUUUUAGCUUGCCUAAUAAAGUCAUACAUAGCACCGAUUGUUAAACAUUUUGAACAUCAUAUACUUUUCUUCUAUCUGGAUUUUACAAGAUUUCAUCUCUCAUCAAAAGCGGAUACGUAUUAUAUGAAGAAGUCAGCAGGUUGAUAGGAAAAAAAGCCUUAUCCUAGUGUCCAGAAAGCCUUAUAAAUGUUUAUUACAAGUAUUUGAUUGACUGAUGUUUUUCGAGAAUAAUAUGUUAGAAAUCAUUCGUCUAACCAGGCCUGAUAGAAAUGUUAGCUUUGAACGUGUGAAACCAGUUGAAGCGAAAACAUUACCCAUACUACACAGACUGCCAUUCAGAAUUUAGGGAAAAACACAAUUAGACAAACACAUAUUUACUUAUGUAGUUCAAUACAUACUAAAAACUGGGAAACAGUGUGAUAAGAACAAUAGAAAGAAGGCAUCAAACUAUCAAGUACACUCCAGCAGCACACAGAGAUAACCUGAACAAAACUAGUAGUAGAUGUUGUGCAACUUGUUGAACUUUUCGUGGGACACAGUUUCUUAGAGAGAUAGAGAACCUGAGGAAUAUCUGUUACAGAGUACAGCCUUCCACAUUAUAGUGGAAGGCAGCACCCUAUUCAGGGAAUAAACAAUAGAAAACCGAAAUGAGCCCAGGAGUAUAUAUUAGCGAACAUAUUUCUAGGAUUAGUUAUUACAUUUAAUGAUUUUGUUAUAUUGUUGUCUUACUGUGAAAAAAAGUCUAUAUGUUAUAUCAUACAAAAAAAACAAAUAUUUAACAAAAAAAUACUAGUUUUUAACUAAUUUACCUACAUACAUACAUAUUAAUUGUAAAAGAAAAUACAUCAAACGAGUGAAAGCUCAAACGUUUCACAAAGACAUAAUGGUAGAGAUGAAGGCGCAGGGUUCUUAGGUACAGUGCCGAAAAGAAGUGAUUUCUAGUUGGCCCUGAUGUAUUUUUUGGCUGACUCAUUGGCAGGUCCUGUUGGUUAAGUCAAAGCACCUAAGUAAGACACAAACUAACGAAUACAAAGACUGCAUAAAGUACGCCAUAGAUAUAUAGGAACCACUUUUGAGAAUACGUCGGGUUUUCCCUUUCAUUCGGUAUUGUGCUCGGUUCGUUCGGAAUGACAGGGCGUUACAUUACAAUUGAUGUAUCUAUUGUGACGUUUUAAAAAACCUUACUGCAGGAUGUGAAAUAAACUAUUUUGUCUAUUUUUUGUGUUAA